CGAUGUUGCGCGCGAGGCUCGUGUAUCGACAGAGAGAAAAUCGCGUUCGCACGCGCGCGCUUUGCGCUAUAAUAGUGUUAUUAUAAUAUACAGGGAGAGUCGUGUGCGAAUAACGCGCGCUUCCGUUUGUAAAUCGCCCGUUCCGUUUCCGUUAACUCGCCUCGGUGAAUUUCGAUUCGACACAACUCUGUUUCUCUCGUUGAGAAAACAUUUUGGCGCGAUUGAUCAUCCACGAUCGACUCCGCGAUGAUCGAUAAUAUUUUCAGAAGUAAUAUUUACCGGCGUUGCGUCGGGGAACGAGAAUUGAUGCGCUACCGGAAGUGAAAUAUGAAUAUUCAGUCGACGCGCGAAUGUCGCGUCGCACGCUCGUAGGAGGCGCGUAGGGUUUACGCGCGAACGGAGUCUUUGGAGUUUUUGUUUUUUUUUUUUUUUUUUUCUUUUUCCACACACGGGGAACGAAGAAAACAUUUUUAUCUGAAUGACAAAACGAGCGAGCGAGGAAGAGUGCGCGAAUUACGAAGAAGAAAUAUGUCGCGCGAUUUGAACUCUUCUUCGUUGUCGUCGUCGUCGUCGUCGACGUCGUCGCCGUAUCUGGAGGAUGACACGAGGGACGAAUAUCUCGCCAGAUGGGAGAUCGCGGUGCUGACCAGCAUUUUUGUCAUCACGAUCAUCGGCAACGCUCUGGUCCUGUUCGCUCUUUACGUCAGGCGACGCUAUCAGCGGCGCAAAAUCUCCAGGAUGUACUUCUUCAUCCUGCAUUUGAGCGUCGCCGACCUGUUGACGGGUCUGCUCGACGUUCUGCCGCAACUCGCCUGGGACAUUACGUUCAGAUUUCAGGGUGGCGCGGUGCUGUGUAAACUGAUCAAAUUCGGACAGCCGUUCGGUCUGUAUCUCAGCUCUUACAUCCUGACGGUGACCGCGAUGGACAGAUAUUACGCCAUUUGCCAUCCCUUCAGUUACUGCGGCGUCACGUCCGGAAGAUCGAAAAUGAUGGUGUACGGAGUCUGGGUUCUCGCCUUCGUGCUUUGUGUGCCGCAGGUUUUCAUAUUCUCCUAUCAAGAGAUAUCGCCGGGCGUUUGGGAGUGUUGGGCGACUUUUCACCUGAAAUACGGCGAGAGAGCUUACAUUACUUGGUACAGCGUGACGCAGUUCCUGUUACCUUUCAUCGUGCUCGUGUACACUUACACGAGGAUAUGCAGAUCAAUUUGGACGAGCAGUAAAAUGUCGGGAGUUGUUGAUCUAAGUAAAAAGAGCAGCAAAGCCAGCUUCGCUCAACGAAAUCGCGAUCCCUUCAUCUCCAAGGCGAUGAUCCAUACCGUGAAACAGACCAUUGUGGUAGUCACUCUGUACAUUGUCACGAACACCCCUUUCAUCGGAUGCGAACUCUGGGCAACCUGGGAUCCGAAAGCUUCCACGUCGCCAUUUUUCACCGGAGCACCCUUCACGAUCCUAAGUCUCCUGAACAGUCUGACGAGUUGCGUUAAUCCGUGGAUCUACUUCGCAUUCAACAGGGAAUUGCGCGCGGCGUUGAUGUAUCCCUGCCGCCGAAAGAAAGAUUAUUCGUUGACAUAUGAUAUAGACGUACGUCGGAAUACGUCGGAUGUGCCAUCCACGACAUCGUCGUUUAUUUCUAGAAUUUCGCGACUUGCGAGCUCAAAAAGAUAUUCGGGUAAAAGAGGGACCGGAACAAAGUUUGCAUUUUGAGAAGAACUGUUUUGAAUAUAAAGAAUACACUGCGAACGUGUAGCUUGAACGCGUGUUACGUACACAUUCACGUACGUAUAAACGCGCUCUCGAUAUAUCAUAUAAACGUCGCGCAGAGAGAGCGCGCGCGAUUACUUUGUGCAUAAGCGAUCUUUUUAAUAAAACCUAUUUG